CUUUAAACAGAAACACCUUGAGUGAAUAUUCCAUAUGCACUCAAGCCCUAAUUUCUCUCUCUCUUUGUGUCUCUGUUUCUGAAGGUAAAAAAUGACUGAGCCGUCAAAGGUCAUUCAUGUUCGCAACGUAGGCCACGAAAUCUCAGAGAAUGACUUGCUUCAGCUAUUUCAGCCCUUUGGAGUCAUUACCAAACUUGUAAUGCUAAGGGCAAAAAAUCAGGCCCUUUUGCAAAUGCAAGACAUUGCUGCAGCUGUAAAUGCCAUACAAUUCUAUUCAAAUUUUCAGCCCAGCAUAAGGGGGAGAAAUGUUUAUGUACAAUUUUCAUCUCAUCAAGAACUGACAACCGUGGAUCAGAAUGCACAAGGGCGAGGAGAUGAGCCUAAUCGAAUUCUCUUAGUUUCGAUACAUCACGUGCUAUAUCCUAUAACUGUGGAAGUGCUGCAUCAAGUUUUUUCACCUCACGGAAUUGUUGAGAAGAUCGUGACGUUUCAGAAGUCGGCCGGUUUUCAAGCUUUAAUUCAGUACCAAUUACCCCAGACUGCUAUUUCUGCUAGGAACUCUCUCCAGGGGCGUAAUAUAUAUGAUGGCUGCUGUCAGCUUGACAUACAAUUCUCAAACCUGGAUGAAUUGCAAGUGAACUACAAUAAUGAACGCUCGAGGGACUACACCAACCCAAAUCUACCAUCAGAACAGAAGGGCAAAUCUCCUCAACAAGGAUAUGGAGAUGCAGGAGCCAUGUACUCAUUGCAAGGUUCUGGGCCUCGUGGAGUUGGAUUUCCUCAGAUGGGAAAUGCUGCAGCUAUUGCAGCUGCCUUUCCUAGCGGUUUGCCCCCUGGCAUAAGCGGGACAAAUGACAGGUGUACUGUUCUUGUAUCUAAUUUAAAUCCAGAUAGAAUAGACGAGGACAAGCUUUUUAAUCUGUUCUCCAUUUAUGGAAACAUUGUUAGAAUUAAACUCUUACGGAAUAAACCGGAUCAUGCUCUGGUUCAAAUGGGUGAUGGCUUCCAGGCAGAGCUGGCUGUGCACUUUUUGAAGGGUGCCAUGUUAUUUGGCCAGCGGUUGGAAGUCAACUAUUCAAAGCACCCAAAUAUUAUUACCGGACCAGAGACACGCGACUACUCGAACUCAAAUCUCAAUCGUUUUAACCGGAAUGCUGCUAAAAACUACAGGUAUUGUUGCUCUCCUACCAAGAUGAUCCAUCUAUCAAGCCUGCCACAGGAUAUGACGGAAGAAGAGAUAGUGGCUCAUUUGGAGGAGCAUGGUCCCAUUGUGAACACAAAGCUUUUCGAAAUGAAUGGGAAGAAGCAGGCUCUUGUUCUUUUCGAUAACGAGGAGCAGGCAACUGAGGCACUGGUGUGUCAACAUGCUACAUCCCUUGGCGGAUCGAUCAUUCGGAUUUCGUUUUCUCAGGUACAAAGUAUCUGAGAAGCCUUCCUGGAUGAAAUUAUCAAAAGAAUAGUAGACUGAAUAUUAACAAUUAAACAGUGGUUUUUUGCUUUUGUUGUAACUUCAGUUUCUUUAUCGACUAGUGUACCUUGAGCUCAAGGUAUAUCGGGAGAUUGAAGUAUGUUGUACUAAUAUAAUAGUCAAAAUUAUUUAAUAGAAAGAUUUUUUUCUUUCUUCAUUAAA